CGUUCCACAGCUCAUCCAAACAUGCACUUCUCAAUUAAGCGGCAAACAGGUUUUCGAGAAGUCUCCGAUAGGCGAUAGUCUCUGGGCUCCUUGCGGAGCGUGGGAACUGAAAUAGUCGCCAACCUUACACUCUCAAUACUUGAGCAAUCUGCAUCCAUGGAAACACCGCCAGAGCAGAGUCCGAGUCUUGAAGACUGCUUGAAGCUAUUGAAAGGAGAUCGAGACGAACAGCGCCUUGCCGGCCUUCUUCUUGUCACCAAGUUUUGCAAAGGUGAUGACCUCUCCUCCCUUCGCAGGGUUUACGAUGCAGUGGGACCUCUCUUUCUCGACCGACUACUUAGGACUGGAAUGGGAAAAGGAACUAUUACCAGUGGCCGAGAAGAUGAUCGGGAUGCGUAUUUACAGCUAUCAGUUACAGUUCUCGCUGCUUUUUGUCGUGUUCCAGAGGUUGGUUCCUUGGAAGAUAUGGUUUUGAAGAUCCCACUUAUAUUGGAAGUAAUGUCCACGGGACCAGGUUCAUCUGUCCUUGAAGAAUGCUUUGAAUUUUUGUACUUAGUAUCCACUGCUUCUGGGAAUGGUAUUAUGAAGUUUUAUGAAUCUGGUGGUAUCAAGAUGUUAGCUUCUCAGAUAUCUUCUUUGCGAGAUGGUUCUCAUCUCAUGGACAUCUCUCUCAAACUUGUGCAAUUAAUUCUGAGCAGGAUAUCCUUGGACAUUAUUAUGAAGGACUGCUUAUCUGAGCUUGCAGUCAUCGUGGCAGCAAUGGCAAGGCAGUUUGCUGUCUUACACAACUCCUUGAAAUUUGAAGCUCUCCAUGUGCUUUGUGCUAUCAUUUCUUCAAAAGAUGUAGCACCACUUUUCAAUGCCCUCCGUUUACUUCCUAAUGAUAGUUGGUCACAUGAUAUGCGCACUGGUAUUGUGGCCAUUUUGCAGAAUCGUGUUGCUCCUGCUGUAAGGCUUCAGGCUCUCAUGUUGGCAGAGUCUAUCAUUUCCAAUUCUGGAGAGGGUUGGUUGAUCAACCACGGGAGCAUGAGUGAUGCCCAAGAUAGCCCUUCAGCUGACAUGUGUCUAUUGCUUGUCUUGGAGCAGUCAAGGGUUGAAGUUGCUGUUCUUCUGAAUGAGCUGGCCUAUUUAAAAUAUGAAGCACCCAAGGAUACUUCAACCACUGCUGAGGCAAUUCUCUUGAAGCGACGAAAUGUGGCUAUUGCCUACUCAUUGAUUGAGAAAAUAGUAAAAUUAAUGUCAAAUGUUGAUGGAAAUGAUGGUAACUUCAUUGAUGAGGCCACGUUAACAAAGUUGAUCUGUCAGCUGAACGAUACUGUUGGUGUCAUUCUAGAGUAUCUGGAAGAUGCAAAGGAACAUGGACAGAAUAAUGGGGAUGAUUUGCUUGCUUCAGUGCGGAUAAUUGGGAGCUACCUGGCUGAAGCGCCCUUUGCAUGCAAGGAGAAGGUCCAGGAACUUCUAGGGUAUAUGCUUUUUGUUCAAGGUGAAGAUGAAAAGAGCCCUUUCUACUCUGUGUGCUUUUUACUUCCGAUGCUGUGCCAAAUUACAAUGAAGGUUGAAGGGUGUAAUGUUCUGGCUUCUUGUGGAGGACUAAAUGCUGUUCUGGAUUGCUUUACUAAAUUAGUAGGGUCAAAAAAUUAUAUGGUUGAGGAUAAUGGCUGCGUCUUCUUGGCAUGUGAUACAAUCAUGAAUCUCCUGCUAAAGAAGGACAAAUUGCAAUUGGUGUUAGAGGAAUCUGCUAUUGUCAAUAUCCUAAAGGCAUUGGCAUAUUGGGCAGAAAACACUGGAGACACAUCAAGUAUGAUGAUGGCUUCAAGCAUAUGCGCGCUGAUAUUUGAUUACACAUCCGAGGAGUCUCUCUUGAAUCAUCCUGAUUUCAACCACAGUGCUCUUCUCAGUCUUUAUCAGCUGAUUGCUAGAUGUCAGGCUUCAUCUAGACAGGAUACUAAAGCGGACAUGGAUCUUGUAGAGAUUGUUGCUGCAGGUUACUCUCGGUGGGCUCAUCGAUACCCUCACAUAGGGGAGGUCAUCAAAAACAUGACUUGAUGCGAUACUUGGUACCGUGUUGAUGCUUCCGAGUCUCGACGUGGCAGGACGAUGUGGUGUUUACCCAAUAUUUGUGAUUUGUGAUUGCGUUUUCUUAUUGCUAUUUGUUGUUUAAAGUGGCUAGUUGUUGAGACUUGUGGGGCUAGGCUAAGCAACUGGUAUGCCCCCGUUUUCAAAGUGGCCACAGCUGCCUUGUAGUAGUUUAUUAUCAUAUUAAUUCAGAAGGUAGGGUUUUAUCA